CAUUCCGUUGGCGUUGAGUUUGUUGGACGAAUUCACCUUUAGUUUAUCAUUAGAAGUAUUAUUACUUGCAUUUAAAAAACAAAUUGAUAAAUGGAUAAAAUAAGACCAGCAAAAUACCCCGUCCCGAACAAAGGCUGACCUUUGAAUGCGGAAAAACACCGCCGCUCGGUGUCGGAGUUGGUCGUAACGCCGUCGCAGCUUCACACAAACCUGGUUGUUUUACUUCCAAACGUUCACUUUACUUCCACAUGUUGUUUUUAGUGGCUGUUCUCUGAUGCGCUGAUUUUCAACAAUUUCUCCGGAGUUCAGGAUUGAAUUGAAUCAAACGUUUAAACCAACCUUGUCUGUGCGAGUGAUUAUGGAGGAGGAUGAGAUGGAGAUGAGCAAAAAGGAACUCCGGAGGUGGAUCAGGGACCAGAUAGUGUCGCACAUCCCUGCCAUAGAAGAAAAACACAUCAGUCUCUGCUGGAAAGAAGUGGAAAAAAUUGAGGAACAGACUUCCAGCAUCGUGAAGCUCGAUCAAUCUGUGGCAGCAUGUGAGGAAGCUGCGAAGGAGCUAUACUCUUUGAUGGGAUGGGAGUACAGAGACUCUGAUUCUGAUGAUGGCGAUGAACCCACAGGCUGUGGACGUACACGUCUGUUACACUAUGAUCUCUCUAGGUGUCAGGCCCACAGCUCUCCAACGUCUCAUAGUUCUGCUCAGUGGACAGCGCCAACAGACAGAGACAACCAUGACACUCAAGACAGAAAUGGCACCAGUGGACAUAAUAGCCCCCCCACUUCGACGAGAGAACCGGUGGUGGUCUUGACUAAAACUAGUGAAUCUCAGCUCAUCCAAGCUUUACGUCCGCCAUCACCGCAGCCUGAUAUCAAUGAAAAGGAAACUUCAAGUAUCGCUGAGUCUAGUAUGCAGCGGGAAUCAGAAAAUAAUACAAGUGAUUCCGAUUUAUCUCUCUCGGGAUUUAACACUGGAUCAAGCAAACGAAGAAAACUUAAUUCAAAUGUUACAGUGAAAAGGAAUCACCCCACUGCCCGUAAAAGUGGCAGCUGGGCUAAGAGAAGAACUACAUCAAAUGUCCUCCCAUCAUCCCCAUCCCCAGAAAGUACACCUAGUAAAUUAGAAGCAAUGAAAGCACGGCAAGCAAGUCCAAACACUGAUUCUGAAACCGAUAUAAAAAAAGCAACGACGCCGCGGCUUAAAACGACAAAGACAGCAGCCCAAUCCACCACAGCAAAGAUGACAACACCUCCGUCCACCACAACAAAGACAAGAACACCUCUAUCCAACGGAACAAACCAAAAAACAGCCCAGUCCACCACAACAAAGACAACACCUUUAUCCAACACAACAAAGACAACACCUUUAUCCACCACAACAAAGACAACACCUCCGUCCAACCCGGACAGCAAUGUUGAGAGUGAGGCAGUGGAGACGCCUGCACCCGACCCAGAUGCUCCGCCUGAUAUCAAUGAAGAGGAAACUUCAAGUAGUGCUGAGUCUAGCAUGCAGCGGGAAUCAGAAAAUAAUACAAGUGAUUCCGAUUUAUCUCUCUCAGCAUUUAACACUGGAUCAAGCAAACGAAGAAAACUUAAUUCAAAUGUUACAGUGAAGAGGAUUCACCCCACUGCCCGUAAAAGUGGCAGCUGGGCUAAGAGAAGAACUACAUCAAAUUUCCUCCCAUCAUCCCCAUCCCCAGAAAGUACACCUAGUAAAUUAGAAGCAAUGAAAGCACGGCAAGCAAGUCCAAACGCUGAUUCUGAAACCGAUAUAAAAAAAGCAACAACACCGCAGCUUAAAAUGACAAAGACAACAGCCCAAUCCACCACAGCAAAGAUGACAACACCUCCGUCCACCACAACAAAGACAAGAACACCUCCGUCCACCACAACAAAGACAACACCUUUAUCCACCACAACAAAGACAACACCUUUAUCCAACGGAACAAACCAAAAAACAGCCCAGUCCAACACAACAAAGACAACAACACCUCCGUCCAACCCGGACAGCAAUGUUGAGAGUGAGGCAGUGGAGACGCCUGCACCCGAUCCAGAUGCUCCGCCUGAUAUCAAUGAAGAGGGAACUUCAAGUAGUGCUGAGUCUAGUAUGCAGUGGGAGACAGACGAUAAUUUAAGUGAUUCCGAUUUCUCUCCCUCAGAAUUUAACACUGGAUCAAGCAAACGAAGAAAACUUACAGUGAAGAGGAAUCACCCCACUGCCCGUAAAAGUGGCAGCUGGGCUAAGAGAAAAACUAGAGCAAACGUCCUCCCAUCAUCCCCAUCCCCAGAAAGUACACCGAGUAAAUUUGAAGCAAUGAAAGCACGGCAAGCAAGUCCAAACGCUGAUUCUGAAACCGAUAUAAGAAAAGCAACGACGCCGCGGCUUAAAACGACAAAGACAACGGCCCAAUCCACCACAGCAAAGAUGACAACACCUCUAUCCCACACAACAAAGACAACACCUUUAUCCACCACAACAAAGACAACACCUUUAUCCAACGGAACAAACCAAAAAACAGCCCAGUCCAACACAACAAAGACAACAACACCUUUAUCCACCACAGCAAAGACAACAACGACUCCGUCCAACCCGGACAGCAAUGUUGAGAGGGAUCCAGAUGCUCAGGAAGUAACCCCUGUGAACCGUCAGUCCUCUGGAGCUACUAAGACUCCUCCAAGUGUGCCACAAGCAAAGCUCAGGGUGAACAUGACUGUCCUGGCAAGGAGGAGGCCGUUGACUUGGCAACUUGGGAAAAUUACUGAAAUAAUAACAAAGGAAGACGGUAGAAUAAAAUACAAGGUAACUUUUAAGGAGAAUGAGAGGAGCCUUGUGUCCAGUCACCACAUUGCCUUUCACUAUUGCGCAAGGAUAGAACAGCUGUCUAUUGGUGCUCGUGUGGUGAUCCAGCACCGGACUGAGAGCCUUCAGUAUCAGCCCGGUAUCGUGGCAGAGCUCCCCUCCCGCAUGAACCGGAUGAGAUUCUUGAUUUUCAUUGAUGAUCAUACCUCAGUCUACACUGGCCUACCCUCACUUCACGUAAUCUGCAAACCAUUGCCGGACCCUUUAGAGGAUAUUCAUGAGGAAAAUCACAGGAAUUUCAUUACAAACUAUUUAAAACAGUGGCCUAACCCCACAAAGGUAUGUUACAAGGUUGGGUCAAACGUAAAUGUAGAAUACAAUGGAGUCCAGCAGACAGGGGAGAUUACCACGGUUGACUGCAGCUUGGUAAAGGUUAAUUUCAAGAGUGAUCAGCACGACGAGUGGAUUUACCGAGGUUCUCCUUGCUUGCAAUUCAAAUACGCCGCCAAAGGAUCGUCAAAAUGAGCACAUUGAAGGGACAAAGUAUGUGUUAGAGCAACUGUUCGAGGAUGAUGCCCUACAACCACCAAUGAAAGAUGCUGAUUGUUUUUUAUGUUUUUAAUAUGUUUUUGCAUGUUUGUUUUUUAUGUGUGAUAUGUUUUUGCAUGUUCCAGGGCGAUGGCUGCAGUAGCCUUUUGUUGUCCCCACCAACUUCAAUGCCCUGAUCUUCCUGAACAAUAAAACCAACAGAUAUUUUA